CUCUUGGUUCCUUCAAGUGUAAUGUUGAUGUUGCCUCUUUCACGAGUAGUAACCUCAAUGGGUUUGGGAUAGUUAUACGUGAUGAACUUGGUGCUUUCGUGAAAUGUUACACAUUCACAGUUCUUAGUCUAUUCACUUCGAAAGAAGGGAAAAUAAUGGCCCUUAUAGCAGCAAUUAAAUAGGUGACCAGUAUAGAUAUCCAAAAUGUGGUAUUUGAAACUAAUGCCCUAGUAGUAUGGAAAACCCUUCGUGCUCCAGCUUCGGACUUGUCCGAAUUUGACUCCCUCAUUCAUGAGUGUUCCUCGUUAUUAUAGCAAGAUGUAAACUUCUCCGUAGCUUGUAUCAAAAGACAAGCUAACACCGUAGCCCAUAGCUUAACUAGUGCUUUUUGUCAUUUCGUUAAUCCUUGUAUUUGGCAUAAGGGAUGACUUGCUUGUUUGUGAUAUUUUUGCUUGAUUAAUGCGUUGCAGUUUAUUUUCAAAUAGGACUGGCAUCAUACCAGUCCUAAUCUGCUACGUGGCUCCAGUGAACUACUCACCUGCUUCUUAAAAUGACACGCGCACGUACACCCAACACCCCCCCUCCCCAACAGGAUAAUCAACUUCCGUUUCUGAAAUUGAGCAGAGAACGACGCAACAUCCUCCGUUUCCAUCUUCUCGUCCGCGGAAGAAUUCAGAGAGGAUGCCAUUUUGCGACGUCAACAAAUACCAAGGCGGCGGCGGAAACAAUGGAGUUAAGAUUUUUUACAGAACUUACGGUCAUGGAACAACCAAAGUCCUUCUCAUUAUUGGUCUCGCAGGGACUCAUGAUUCCUGGGGUCCCCAAAUUAAGGGCCUCACGGGUGCAGAGGUGCCCAAUGAUGCCGCCUGGACGACCGGCGACCAAUACCUCAGUGACCGAGACGAAGCCGGAGAUGGUGAUGCCAACACGGGGAUAGAGGUCUGUUCGUUUGAUAAUCGUGGGAUGGGUCGUAGCUCUGCUCCCACCAAAAAAUCAGAAUAUACAACGACGAUCAUGGCGAAAGAUGCAAUAGCUUUAAUGGACCAUUUGGGCUGGAAAAAGGCCCAUGUCUUUGGGCAUUCAAUGGGGGCUAUGAUUGCUUGCAAAUUGGCUGCGAUGGUGCCUGAAAGGAUAUUGUCUUUGGCCUUGCUCAAUGCAACUGGUGGAGGUUUUGAAUGUUUUCCAAAGCUUGACUUCCAGAUGGUAUCCAUUGCAAUCCGCUUCUUAAAGGCAAAGACUCCUGAACAGAGAGCGGCUGUUGACUUAGAAACCCAUUAUACAAAGGAAUAUCUUGAUGAAUAUGUUGGACCUCACACAAGAAGGACAAUCUUAUAUCAAGAAUAUGUUAGAGGGAUCUCAUCAACUGGGAUGCAAUCUAACUAUGGUUUUGAGGGUCAAGUUAAUGCAUGCUGGACCCACAAAAUUACAUCAAAAGAACUUGAGGUGAUCCGGUCUGCUGGAUUCCUUAUUUCUGUCAUUCAUGGCAGGCAUGACAUCAUUGCUCAAAUAUACUAUGCAAGGAAACUUGCAGAGAAGCUGCAACCUAUGGCUAGAAUGGUAGAUCUCCAUGGGGGACAUCUAGUAAGCCAUGAAAGGCCCGAAGAGGUCAAUCAAGCUCUUAUAGAAUUGAUCAAGGCAUCAGAAUCAAAGUUGAGUCCGCAUGAUUGGACAAACUUACCCAAGAAAGAAACUGGGUGGCGUGAGAUGGAGACUCAGGUAUCAUUAAGAAGAAGAAAUACUGAAGACAGAAGGUGUUUACACUUCAUGUAUGACAUUCUAACAAAGUUUCAUCUUAGCCUUUUGUAUUUCUUUGGUCUCUUUGUGAUGGCAUUUGAAUAUGGAAAGAAAGCUUUCAGAAGUUUAAAGCCAGUUCGAGUUGGGGCCUCCCUCUCAUAGAAGGCUGGGAUUAAUCCAUCAUGUCAACAUUGUGGCACUUCCAAAAAGUAAUCAGCUCAAGUAUAUAACCGCCAAAGUACCAAAUGUAUAGCAAAGAGAUACAUACACAAGACUGCAACUAACUUCCUUAAUCAAGACAAUAAUCGUGUGCGUGUGCUUUGUGGAGCUGAUCAGACAGGAUUGCAGUAGCAUGAUCAGAUGUAAAGAUCAAAGAGGCUUUAAACGUUAAAACUAGGUUAUGGUAUUUGGUCCUACUAGUUUUUAAACUCACACUGAAGGGGGGUAUGAUUAGGGAGUUGAAUGCUUCUCCUAGCUAAUCCCAGUAGGUCUUGUUAAACUAGAUAUUGAAACUUGAAGUUGUGUAUCAACAGUGAAAAGUUUGUACUGCAUACACAUUCGGAAUAAAAAGGCUAAAAACUUGCUUUUGUUUUAUAAA